AUGUACCAGGUUGCCUCGAUUGAGCUCUGCGCUUGGCUCGGUGGCUUGCAGGAACACAAGGGCCCUAACUCGGCAUCAUUCAUGACUAUUGAAGACGUGGGCAAGUUCCUGGAAAUCCCCGUCAACCUCAAAGAAGAGGAUGCCUUCCACCUGACUAUUGAGGAGUACCUGCUGGCACUGAUUGCCAUGGUCGAGGAACUGUCGCGCCUGGCCGUUAACUCGGUUACACUGGGUGAUUACAACCGCCCGAUGCAGAUUGGCUCAUUCAUCAAAGAGCUCUUUGCUGGCUUCCAGCUUCUGAACCUGAAGAACGAUAUUCUGCGCAAGCGGAGUGAUGGUAUCAAGUACAGUGUCAAGAAGGUCGAGGAUGUGGUCUAUGACUUGUCACUACGCAACCUAGUUCCCAAGGGUGGCUCUGCCUAG